CGAAACAGUGGAGGAAACACUGCGUUGUUGAUGGUUUUUGGAGUUGACGUCACAUGAGUAAAUUCACGAAAAACCUUGAAAGCUGAUAAUACUAUGUAGAGCUUGCUUGAUUUAUAACUGUUGACAACCUCUCUUCUCACUAGACAGCCCUCCAGUCAUUGGAUUCUCUUAACGACCAGAUUGUUCAAUAUAUAUUUACGCCAAAGUCUGUAGAACUUGAUGUUGAUUCCGAUUCUUGUGAUGAACCAGCAACAACUGCUAUAUGGCAGCAACAACAGGAGGCCCUCAAAUCUUCAAUGGCGCUCAUGCGACGUCUUUUGGUGGACGCCCAAGCCAAGUUCCGGAAGAUGAUGGAAGAUAACAAGGAUCUGGCGUCGAGAAUAGAUGGUGAUAUCAAUAACGCUCACCAGGAAGUUUCUUUGCUUCGAGCUGAGCUGGCCGAUACCAACAAACGGAUUUCUGAAAUAACUACUGGUGAAAAAAUUUUCCCUGUGUCUAGCACCGCAUCUAUAAUGGCAGGAAAUGUGUUGACCACUUGUCUCUCUGCUCCAAAGAAUAACGUAAGCUCAUCAAACCAAUCGGAACCUAACUGUUAUAUUAACAAUGUGAAAGCUCCACCCUCGCCCAGUUCAAACUUAAACUGUCCAAACAAUUCUUCAUCAAAUAAUGGCGAGGGUGACAGUGUCAUACAAACUAGUCCUAUAUCUUCCAUUAAAGAUAAUUAUUCUUCAAGUCUUUCGAGUACUACAGCGACUACUAACAGUAUCACAUGCGACAGAUGUAAAAAUUGUACACACGAAGACACUAAUCAACUGGAAGAACGACUAUGUCAACAAGAAGAUAUAAAUCGCAGACUAGGUGAAGAAAAUCGAUCUCUCCAGAGGGAGCUAGAAGAGUUACGAGUUUAUAAAGAAAACGCGCAUGCGCAAGAGGAAGAGUUAAGGCCUCAGACUCAGUGGUUAGAAAACGAACUGAAACACGCUAAAGAAGCACUUGCAGCUUUGAAACAAGACCGCAAGAGAUUAAAGGCGGAAAAGUUCGAUCUGUUGAAUCAAAUGAAACAGUUGUACGGUACUCUAGAAGACAAGGAAAAUGAACUGAGGGAUUUCAUCCGAAACUAUGAACAAAGAAUGAAAGAAAGCGAAGAGGGACUUAAACAGUUGGUUCGGGCAAAAGAAGAAUGUGAACGUGAAAAAUGGAACAUCUUAAAGCACGCUCGAGACGAAGCAGAACGUUCAGUGGCUCUGUGCGCCCAAUUAGGCUUAAAGGAUGCUCAGAUCAGGCAACUUCAAGAAGAAUUGGGCUCGAUUCGAGACAGGAUGGGAUAUUCAUCUGAUGCCGAGAGCACAAGAAUCUUCCGAACCAACGGCUACCACAGCCCGAGUAUGGCGUCCACUUCCCAGACCAUAAAUGGACGGGACAGUAGCAACGCCCCUACACCAACCCCAUUGUCUGAACCAACGUCGUUGUUAUACACUGGGACUCCGACAAUAACAGUUGAUGAAGACCAAAACUCAGUUUAUUAUUCCACCACCUCUUCUAGAGAUGAUCGUCUGCCGUCCCUUCCUGGGUUGUCUCGUUCAGCAGAAGAGAUAUACGUAAACACGAAUACAAACUCUGACGUCAGUAGCGUUAAGAAAAGCCGGAAGAGGAAAGAAGGGAAAGGAACAUGGGGUUCAAUUUCUCGCGUGUUUUCACGUGGGCGCCACCGAAAAGAAUUAGAUACAAGUGUGUUAAAUGGUGGAAGCUCAGACCAGAGAUCAUCAUGGUCACCACAUAGCAGUCUAUAUGCCAGCCCAUUAACAGAAGACAGCUAUAAUGAAAAGCUAAAGUUGUUGGAAGAAGCUCAAGGAAUUCCAAUGGAGAAAUGGAAAGCUGCAAUAGUCCUUUCUUGGUUGGAAAUUACUUUAGGAAUGCCACAGUAUGGUGCAAAGUGUUCUGAGAACAUUAAGAGUGGAAAGAUUCUUCUAGAAUUGUCUGAUGGAGAGCUAGAAGUUGGUCUUGGAAUAACUAAUGCCAUGCAUCAAAGGAAACUUAGGCUUGCUAUUGAAGAACAUAGAGAUUCUUCAGCAUGCUUGUAUCCAAAGAUUAAUCUUCUGUCUCACAUGUGGGUGUUAGAUGAAUGGUUACCCAGCUUAGGUCUAGCUAUAUACAGGGAUGUCUUCAACUCUCAGCUAGUGGAUGGCCGAGUGUUGAAUACACUUAUUAAAAAAGAUCUUGAAAAAUACCUAAACAUCACUCGGAAAUUUCACCAACUUAGUAUCAUGCAUGGCAUUCAGUUGUUACGCAUGGUAAAAUUUGAUAAACAGAUGUUAACCCAACGAAGGUCUCGCUGUGAACACAUGGACCUUGAUCCUCUGGCUUGGACAAAUCAGAGGUUUAUCAAGUGGGUGAAGAGUAUUGAUCUAGAGGAAUAUGCAGAAAACCUUCAAGGUAGUGGUGUUCAUGGUGCAUUGGUAGUGCUGGAGCCAUCAUUUACUGCUGAUACCAUGGCAAUGGCUCUAGGUAUUCCUACCUCAAAGAACAUCAUACGGAGACACUUAACAACAGAAUUAGAUAGUUUAAUACAACCAGCAAGGAUGUCUCUAGAAGCAGAAGCAGUCUUUUAUUCACGGAAAAAUCAGAAAAAAAACGCUGGAUCCUCAUCAAUUAGUGCAACUGGUUCAUUAGGUCGUAGUUUUAUGAGAUCUCACUCUAGGGCUACGUUAGAUAGGACUGACAAGCGGCAUACAAACACAAGGUUUUCAACUUGGAAGAGUUUGCAGGGAUCCUGGACUCAGACCCUUGGGUUAACAAUGAAGCAAGAAUUUUAUCAAUCACACAACUUACAGUCUUCCUCUCUAACACCCAAACGAGUUGACAGCCAUAGACGAGUAAAGUCACAAGGCCAUAUUGAAUCAUUGACCAUUACUCCAGUUUGAGGAUAUCAUUUUUACAGCCUGAGAAUUCAAAUAGUUAACUUCAAACAUUGCAGAACAUUUGUGUCAAGCUGAAUGACCAUGGUGACAAAAACCCUACCUUAACUCAGUCAGGUCAAGACUAUUAGAUGUCUGUACAUGUUGCCAUGGCAACAUUAUUGUUGUUCUUGUGAUUUUGCUUGGAUACAAACAAAUGAAUUAAUACUAUAGCUGUGUAUAGGUAUUGUUUAUAUAUCAGAAAACAAGUUUAAUUUUUUUUUUUUGAAUUACCACAUGAUCCUUUUUCCAUACUGAUUGUGUGUAUACAUAAGAUAAGGCAGUACUUAUCUGAUUCUCUGUGUCUUCUGAUGUAAAUAGUAUUGCCAUUUAAAAGUGUUAAUGGUGUAGUAUUAAGAAAAAGAUUUUUCAAUAUUCUUGAAUAUUGAUCUUGGUUACUUAAUAUUUAUUAUAUGCUAGUAUAUAUGUUAAAUGCUACUAAGGUACCUAGUAGAAUGUAAAAUAUUGAAAACACACUUGAAAUACAAAAUAUACUGUUUGUGUAUAAAAACAGCAUGAAAAAAGUUGCCAACUUAUUACUAAUACAUUUAAUCAUAUCAUGUAAACACUGUAAUUUGGUGUCAGUGAAACAAUGUUAAGUACAAGAAAUACAUAAAACAUAAAAACCUUUGUUCAUAUCAAAAUACAGUGAAAAAAAGUUGCUACAGUAACAAAAAAAACAUUAUAGUUAGAAAUUACUUUGAUAAACAAGUUGUUGUUUUAAAGAGACAGUAAAGUUUAAUGUCAGAUUCACUGCACAGCAAAUCAGACACAGCUCAGUCCAUGUUUCCUAUUAAUCUUGUUUCGUAUUAUUACGUUUAAAUAUUUUCGAAGGUUAUUCUUACUUUUUCUUCCUCUCUUUACUUACAUGAAAACAACGAGAUAGCUAAUGCUCAAAGUUAAAAGAAGAAUUUAAUGUGACUGUGAUACUAUUUGAUUUUAUAACCCUUUAUAAAACAUUUAUUAUAAGCCUUGCUUUAUAUUGGGUUAUUACUUAAUUAUCUGGUAUGUUUUGGAAUAGGAAAAACCUAACAGGUUCAAUACACAGGCUAUACACAUAUUUUUUAAAUUACUUGCAUAUUUACCCGAAGACCUGAGAAAGUGAGUACAAUAAACUGUUUUGUCACACUUGUUUAUUUGAGAAAAGAAAAACUGGUCUAAUUAUGAUUUAAAAAAAUGUAAAGAAUAAAUUAGGAUGACAAAUAAUAUGUUAAUUUUGAGAAAGAGAAUAAUAUUCUUUGUAAUAUAUAUAUAAUUUUAAAUGGGGCUUUAAACUUCUAAUUAUUGUCUGAAAGUAUAAAUGUAAACUAUUUAAAUAUGCCUAUUAUUGAACAUGAUCACCCCAUCUCAUAAAUAGUGUGAAUACCAACUAAAAUAAGUCUACAAUUGGUUUCUUGUCAAGAAUGAGAGAAAAGGUGGUUACUUAUGUCAGGUUUACUUUGUUUUAAAGAGAUUAUAAGUUUUUCCUAUUAAUGAAAUAAAAAAUUAUAAACAAAAUGUCAUAGAAUUCAUCUUGAAGUAUAACACUUUUUUCAUCAAGAUUGAUCCUAAAGGUUUUAUUUAAUAUUCUGAGUUCCAAGCUAUAAAUUUUGAACAAAUGUUCUGACAAAGAAUUUUCAUUUUCCAGAAAUGAAACUUAAAAAAAACAACCAAAAAUAACAAAAACAAAUUCAUAGGUUAUUUUGAUGAAAUAUGGGAACAGUAUAGUUUUCUGUGCCUUUAUGGGACCUAAAUCUUCUACAGAGUUUAGAAUUUUUUAAUGUAAUUUGUUUUUAUUUUUUUGAAAUGUUUAAAUCAUAUGAAUGUCUAAUUUUUUGUUUUUCUUUUUAAACAAGUUGUAGUUUCAAAAUAUAUUUUCUUAUUUAUUUGGUAUUAUGUGUAGAUAUUUCACUUCCCACAGAUCUCAACUUUCAUAUAACUUUUUUUUUUUACUAACUCUUAGACUUUGUGUUUUUAGCUAUUAUUGGAAGAUUGAGAGGAGUGAAUUUAGCUGAAAUCAAACAUGCCAGACAUUACUUUUCAGAUAAAUCCCAUAUUAUUAUUUAUUACUCCUGUGAUAAGAUUUGCCAUAAUUAGUAUGAUGUAAGAUUUCAAGUAGAAGUCUUCAAUAACCAACUUUGGAAUAUUAUUAUAAUGUUAAAAAGGUCAUUGAUAGCAAACAGUAAAAGUUCAUUUAGGAAAGAAUGGAAAUUUGUCAAAAUAUUCCAACAUUGAUGUUCAAUUAUUUGUUUGGUAUGAAUGAUAAUCUUUUUAACACUGAUCCUUUAAUCUUCAUUCUUGAAAAUCUACCUCGUAAGUAUAGUUGUGUAAAACUUAGAUCAAAAUGAAUAUAAAUCUUUGUAUUCACUGAAGUUUACAAAUAUAAAUGUACAUUAAUUUAAACUCAUUCAAAGUUAUGAUAAAACAAAAGGCUUAGUAUAUCAGCUUUUAUGUAAUUUUUGUCAUUACUAGUUUUAUUUAUUGUUCGUCGUGUCUGGAAUAUAUACUAACUGAGAUGAAAUGAUUAAACUUAAGUUAUACAUAAUCAUAAAAUAUCAUUUCUUUAAAUCACUUAUUUGGUUCAGAUUAUUUUAGUUACUCUUACUCUGAGAGUUUUUUGCUUUACUAUUUGAUUAACUUGUUAAAUAUUAAACUUUUGCUAAAGUCGCGUAUUUUAUUCUAAGAAGUGUUUCUGCAGUACGUGCUUAGAAAUAUCUUAUUCAAAGCAAGUAAGCCCUACUGUUGACAAGUAUUCUACAUUCAUAUGAAGACCACAAUUCAAUAUUGUAUAUUUCUGUGUCUAGACCUGCUUUUUUUUUGUCAAGCCGAUUAUUAUGGAUGAAUAAAUUAUGAAAUUUUAAUUAUCAAAACAUGAUUUCAUGAGAACCUUUCUUUACAUAUUGUAUUUUAUUUUUCAGAGAAUAAACUGUUGUACACUGAAUAAUUUAAUCAACUAAUUAUUGUUCAUGUUUUGGCGUAUAAGUAUUGUUUGUUCGAAACUAAAUGGUAACCUCAGUAGGAUAAAUAAAAAGAAUUUACAGGACUAUGUAUUACACUAACAUGAACAUUAACUCUGCAGAUACCCAAAUGUUUCUGAAUACAAUCCUAAACAUUGCUUGAAAGUAGCAUAAGUUCGUGAAAAGCAUGGCAUGAGUUGUUUUAUUUAUAUGGUAAUAUAUGUGUACCUAUAUAUAUAUAUAUAUAAUUUAACAUUUAUUUUACAUAUUUACUCAUGUAACCCAAUGAAACACUGUUUAUUUACUUAAGUUUGAAUUGUUAAGAUAUGAUGCUUUCAUGAAGAGUUUAAGUGUUUAAAAAUAGCAAAAAAAAA